GAUUGGCGGCAGUUCCUCCAUCCGCGGUGAGUGAGAUAUCCUGCACACCACCGGCAUCUAGAUAUUCCGUGGGUGUGAUAUCCUGCACACCACAGGCACUUAGAUAUUCGGUGGGUUAGAUAUCCUAAGAUUUGAUGAGGAUGAGCUAGAGAGGGGUUGGGGUCUAGGGAGGAGUAGUGGGAUGGGCAACGAAAGGGGAAAACAAGGAAUGCGAUUCGAUGGUCGGACGCCGGAGGAUGCCAACGGCUCGGCCGCUCGGCCGUGAGUCCGAGCGAACAUAUGGGAUCUGUAACCUCCGAGACUCCCAACGCCAGAAGAUGUCGGUUGAAUUGACUGAGCGAAUGGAGGAAGCUUGGAGAAAGGCCGAACAGCUCAAAGACGAGAAUCUGCAGGCUGCGCUGCGUCGUGCAAGGGAGUCGCCGGACGACACGAGGUUCCUGCUUCCUCUGAUGCAACUCCCUCAAGAGGAUGAGAAUGGCCACGGAGCAGCUGGUCGGCGGAUGGCCGAGCGCAAGGUCAUGUGCCCGGAAUUGUAUCGUGCGGCCUUCUCUGGAUCUGCGCAGAAGGUGCGGGAUCUUCUUGCAACCUCUGAAGCCACCGUAGAUCGACAGGGAAGAAUGCACGAGGGGCGGUGCAGCCUUGAUGAGGUCAGUGCGGCGUGGAACACGGUUCUCCACGUAGCCGCCGGCGAGGGGCACGCCUUUCUUGUGCGGCAGCUCUUCCAAGACGCGGCAGCCGCUGCGCUGCUGCCAUCGGAGAACUUGAGGUCUGAGACGGCGCUGCACCGCGCCGCGAGGGCGGGGCAUCGAGGUGUAGUCUCCCUCCUCAUCUUGCUGGCCCAAGCGCCGGAGGGGCCCGGCGCGCUCCAGAUUCUGGUGAGGACGAACAGCGGAGGAGACACGGCACUUCAUGUGGCGGCGCGGCACGGGCGCCAGGCGGUGGUGGAAGUGCUGAUGGUGGCUGCGCCGGCGCUAUCCUGCGCAGUGAACGACGCCGGGAUGUCGCCCCUCUAUCUCGCCGUGAUGAGCCGGUCAGUAGGCGCCGUCAAAGCUCUGAUCAAUUGGGGCCAUGCAUCUGCCUCCGGCCCCAAGAUGCAGAAUGCCUUGCACGCGGCUGUUCUGCAAAGCGCAGAUAUCACAUCCGAGAUAUUGUCAUGGAAACCGGAUCUGGCUAAACAAGGUGAUGAAUCGGGAAGCACUCCACUGCAUUAUGCUGCUUCUGAUGGCGACCGCAACACUAUCAGCUCGCUAACUAAAAUGGCGCCCUUAGCUGCGUAUGAGCAAGACAAUGAGGGUUUCACGCCUCUGCAUGUCGCGGCCUGGGUGGGCCAUGUCGAAGUCAUCCACAAAGUUCUAGAAGCUUGCCCAGAUGCCGCCGAGCUCAUCGACAAGAAAGGGAGGAAUUUUCUCCAUGUUGCAAUCGAGCGAGGCCAUGAAUCUGUAGUCAGGUACGUUGUUGCCAACCCGCUCCUCGUGAAGAUGGUCAAUGAGCAAGACAAGGAGGGGAACACGCCGCUGCACUCGGCGGUUAUGUCUGGGAACCCAAAUCUUUCAAUUUUGGAUAGCGGAGUUGUCGAAUUAAACAUUGCAGACAAUGAAGGGCGAACGCCAUUUGACCUUGCAUCCAAGAUAACUACCUUUUUGUUCAUGAUUGCAACUGUGCUCAAGCUGUCAGCCCACGGUGCUCGGUUCGGCAAGCUACGCAAAGAUGACAUAACCCCCUGGAAAGCCGCUGAAACGAUAGUAGAUCCUAGCCAAAAUGGGGAGAAUGGUGCGGAGAGUAGAGCAAUAAGAAAAGAAACUAAUUCUACGCAUGAUGCCAGGAGAAUCGCUGAGAACGCCUUGAACGCCGCAGCGAUCAAGGACUUGCUCGACAAGACAUCCAAGAACUUUGGGAUUGUCUCUGUGCUGAUCGCCACCGUCGGCUUGUCGGCCAUGUUCAAUGUGCCAGGCGGGUACGACUCCAACGGUGUAGCGAACCUCCGCGCGACGGUGCAGUACAAAGCCUUCCUGCUGCUCGACACCGUGGCUGUCUCUACCUCCGUCAUCGCCACCAUGCUCGUCACGUACGGGAGAGCAGCGCGCUUCAGCGCGGCGUGGCUUUUCCUGGCACUGAUCUUCAUCUGGGUGGCGCUCAUGAGCAUUGUUCUGGCUUUCAUGGCCGCAGUGGUCUCGGGGCUCGAUAGCACCAUCACCAAAAGGAUCAUCUGGGGGAUUUUCGUGAUGCCGUUCGCUUUGGUGGUCGGGUUUAGCGCUGUUUGGCCUGUGCCAGCGCCGAUCUUCACGAGCCUAUGCUUGCUGGUACGUGCCUUAGCCGCUAAAGACUGGGGCCGGAUGAGAAGGCAUGUCGGACGGCGUUUCCCAUUGUGUGGUGGAAGUUCGAAAGCAUUUAUAAGCUUGCAAGUCUCACACGGAGAUGAAGGCUCAAGGUGAAGUAUGAUCUCUGAUGUGCAGUCUAUCUCCUCCCUAGUUGCUGGCAUCCUCGGUGGAACGCUAGGCACCGUAACGUGGAAUUCUAAGGAGAGCUUCGUUGAUGGGCGCUCGCUGCCGGCGGUCUGGGUGGGCACACCAGAGCCCAACCAACAACACACGUUCCAUCUCCUCGUUAUCGAACUCACCGUUCAGCCGUCCGUCUGCUGCGUCGAGAACUGCUCCUUUUUCAUGCAACUCCCUGACAGAAUCAACAAGGGUGGUGCUAGGCGCAGCCUUAUCUUGUUGGAGGAUGAUUGGUGACCGGCCGCACGAAAUCUCCAGCAGCAUAAUCCCGAAGCUGUAAACGUCAGAAACAUGCAGUUUUUGCGCGUUUGAGCUAGAGCCUUAAUGAUAUUGUUGGACCAAAGGCCACCGCAGCUAAAAAAUCUCCAAUCUUGACAUUGAUUGAAAGACUCGUCCCGCAUCGCAUUGCUUGGUUUGAUGUUCAAGUGCACGAAAGGGUACCAGAAGUCGCUAUGGAAGUACCGGAGACCAAAGCCCAUGCCUAGGAUUAUCUUGUACCU